AUGUCCUCCACCGCCAUCAUCCCAUCAUCGCAAACAGUCGCGCAGACUGCAGCCGGCGUCAAGAAUGAAGUCAAGAGCAUCUCGCCCUUCUCGAACAGCAGCAUAACCCUCCCAGCACUCAACCUCACCCCGAAGAAAGAUGCUGCGACACCCCAUAAAGUCAACACACCACCGCCCAGACACGACUCGGGCUGGGUACAUCCUCGCAUGAACGACGUCAUCCGCCGCCGCAACGCGACCAACUUCGACGGCAGCAACGUUAAAGCAAUCCUCAUCAGCUCGGGCCUGAUCCUCUUCUCUUUCUUCGUGCCCAAUAUAUACCGCUCAGUCAUCCCACAUUCCUGGCUCCAAGCCAUUCACCCUUACCAGCUUUAUACACUCUGGGCAAUCGACCUCCUCUUCCUCGUCAACAUUAUCAUGUCCGCCAUGCCCUUGUACCGAAAAGCAGACGCAUGCGAAGAUAUCCCACUAUCACCGAAUCAGCGAUCACUCCUUGGCCUCCCUCCCAUGUCGAGACCCGCCACGCCACAGGAGAAGGAGCAAUGGGUCACACCGCCGAGGUUCUCGAAAUCAGCAACACCGCGAUCGACCAGCAGCAGUAUACGACCAGAACCCAGUGGUUCACCGCUCAGUGGACGAGGCACGCCCCUGGAAAACAGUACUUCAUUCUCAAACUCGAGGAGGUCAACAUCAGGAUCGCCAUUCGCGCCGAGUACGCAGGAGCAGACGAUCGGUAGCGGGUCGCCGUAUAGUGAUAGGCUGAGGAGUGGGGGCGAGAGACGGAGGUUAAGCUACACCAACACGAGGAGCUCGCCACUCAGCUUGAGUGAAUUCGAGGAGGCGGGCAGAAGUGCGCAUACACCAACAAAGGGAAGCAAAGCCAGCGUGGGUCUCAAUAACAAGUGGCUGUACCAGACGGGAAGAGGUAGCCCUAGCAGUGAUGUUGGUUUCGGUAGGAGAAGUCGAUAUGCUGGCUUUAUUUGA